UUCAGCGACUGAUCCACGCGUCACGCACCAUCACUUGUGCUUGUGUGUGCGCUACUACAUGAAGGCAGUUCCUGCGCGCUCGGAUACAAACGGCCAGAUGCGGAGACGCGAUGUGACAGGCGCGUAAUUUGGAGAGAGUGCGUUGCGCGACUGUGGAUGCGACAGCUGUACGUGCCAUGAUUUGACAAUUUGUGGAUGCCAGAUAGAGUUGGAGUGCGUCCAGGGAUGCUGCGGCGUUCCUGGCUGCCGGAGUGCCUCCGUGCAACGAGGGGCUGCGACCCCUACCACUGUUGAGCGGUGAGAGGCGCGGAUCAGGCUCUGUUUUUUCUUUGCGCGUUUUAAUAAUCCACUAUGGAUCACUCCUGGGACAUUUAAGCGUCUCCUGCGGUGAUCUCGCUCGCUGCUGUGGGACUGUGGGAGUGCAUGCUGUCUCUCCUCCCCAGCCUGCAAACAUGGGGAAUAGUUUCUCCAAUUUGGCUGCCUUCCAGUCCCUGCACAUAGUCAUGCUCGGCUUGGAUUCUGCGGGCAAAACCACCGUGCUCUCCCGGCUGAAAUUCAACGAGUUUGUCAACACGGUGCCCCCCAUCGGCUUCAACACGGAGAGAAUCCGGCUGGGUGGCGCGGGGGCCUCCAGGGGCAUCAGCUGUCACUUCUGGGACGUCGGGGGCCAGGAGAAACUGCGGCCCCUGUGGAAGCCCUACAGCCGCUGCACGGACGGCAUCGUGUACGUGGUGGACUCCGUGGACUCCGAGAGGCUGGAGGAGGCCCGGACCGAGCUGCACAAGAUCACCCGGUUCUCGGAGAACCAAGGGACCCCGCUGCUGGUCAUCGCCAACAAGCAGGACCUGCCCCGGGCGCUGGAUGUCGGGGAGAUCGAGAGGCAGCUGGCCCUGGCAGAGCUGAGCCCCUCCACCCCUUACCACGUCCAGCCGGCCUGCGCCAUCAUAGGAGAGGGACUGGACGAGGGUAUGGACAAGCUGUACGAGAUGAUCGUGAAGAGGAGGAAGUCACUCAAGCAGAAGAAAAAGAAGCAGUGAUGCCAGGCUUUGGCUGGAUGAUGGCUAAUAAACUGUGAUACAUCCCAUCUAUAGAAACAGGAUGGAUAAAAACACCACAGAAAUACCGCAAGCCUCCAUAUAGGAGGGGAAUAUAUUCAUAGGGAUGCAACAUGAGCUAAAAAUGCAUAUCACAUAAACUCAUUAACAUCCAUAUUCUCCUGUAGGAAUGCAUAUUUGCAGAAAACAUCUCUAUAGCAUAAUCAUAAAUAGCAUAAAUUGGUAUUAAAUAUGAAAUAUUAAAGUCAGGUUAAUGGGAAGAAUAUUGAUGAUUUGCCUUGGUAGAUGACUGUUUUUAUGUUUUUCACAGGCAGUUGUGUCUGCACACUGUGGCACUCUCUGCACUCUCCCUGAUGGAGGAGUAUUAAUAGGACUGUUUCAUUAGGGAUGUGUGUAUUGUAGCGGAGAUGUUUUAUAAAGUGUAUUGAUCCACUGGCAGAGCUCCCUGUUGCUGUGCUGUGCACAGAUGUGAGAAGGCUGUUGUAAAUGUGAUUAGGGAUGCACUCAUGCACAGACCAGAGUUUAGAGCGGCGAGGUGGUUUAACACCAAAGAUGAUUUCCAUGAGAUGACACAGAAACUGCUUUGUUUUUUUACAGCCCUCCCUGCCAUGCUGAGAAGAACAUAUACAUCUGGAAUGAAUGGCUUAUGAAGAAAAUAUAAACUAUGUUGUGUAGAAUGUAUUUCACUUAUAUGGCGUUCUCUCCUUAGAAAGGCAAGUACUGAUUCUUCAUCCCAAAGUUUGCUUAUUUUCUGUCUCUCCCUCAGAGGAACCACCUUUGAUUAUCCCUCCUCCAAAUUGGAGGCUUUCUGCUCUGUGAACAGCUGAUUUGGUCUGUUUUGGAAUUAAGUUUAAAUUUUUACUAAUGCUGUAUCUGUUUUGUCUUCCCUCUUUUAACGGUUCGAGUUUUUCCAGCUAUACUGUUGGCAAAACUUGAACUGUUUUAAGCCUUUAAUUCUCUGUUGCCACCUUUUUUUUCUAAGAAAAAUGUAGCUUGUUGCUAAAAGAGUUGCAAAUAGAUAUCAUGGGCUAAUUUAAACCAGCAUAUAUAAUAUUUGCUGUUGUUCAAACUUCAUGCUGCACUAAUUUGUUAUUCAGUACUUGGAUAUUGCACUGCCUCUCGCCCUGUGACAGCUGGGAUAGGCUCCAGCCCACCAACGACCCUGAAAAGCAUAAGUGGAAGAAAAUGGCUGGAUAUGUGGGUUUGUCUGCUUUUCCUUUUCGCACAAAAUUCUCUCCUAGUUAUACCUAACAACUCUCCAUGAAAGGGAAGUUACAAAACAGAUGAACCAAACUACCAUCAGAAGUGUUUUUCUGACAUCUUACACCAAAACAUUACAUAGUCAUCAGCAUAUAGGGUGAUUUUGACCACAAGACUAACGAGACCUGGCCCAAAUCAAAUUUAGCUUCUCCAAAGCAAGUUGUAGUUUUGGCAUCAGCUGUUCUUCAAAGUUUUUGAGAAGUGUUAUGAGUGCAUCCCAGACUGAUUCAACCUGAUGGCAGUUAAAGGACAGGUGUUCAGAGCCUGUUUUCAUCCCCAUGGCACCAAAAAAAAUCAAUGUUUUGUCAGUACUGCUGGUGUCUCAGCUAUGCCAAAAGUUGUCUUUUGGUGUUAAUGUCACCCUAGUUAUGGUAGCAGCAUGACUGUUGUGACUUAUCUUUUUAUUCGUAUGAUAAUUUUAUCAAACAACUUGAAAUUAACUUGAAAUUUUGAGUUAAGUCAAAAGUUCGAGUGAGGUUUUGAGUCAAACUAAGUGAAAAAACAAAGCUCUCAAACAGGAGACAAACCUGCUUGACAAACCCACCCACACCUUUUGCUUUGUUGAACAGAGCCAUUGGCUUUUGGCAUCCCAUACUGACGCCAUAGGGCACGUUUUGCACACGUGUGAUGCCAGCAGCUUUGACAAGAUUCCCUGGGAUGAGAGUGGGUCGAUAGUCGAGUGGCCCGAGUGUGUUCCUGUCACAGUGAUGAAGUGAAACAAACUGACAGGCUGGAACCUGUUUAUUCGCGCUUAAAAUUGUUCACAGAGUGUGAAAUAAUCAUAAAGGUUAGCAUCACUAUAAUAUUUCAACACCUGACAGACGGCUUGCAGAGUAGUCCAUAAAAAGUCACUGAUAUAAGCAUUUGAUCUUAAAUGAUGGGACUGUUCAGUGUCUUGCAUAGACUGUUCUCUGAUGCCACAUUCACGUCGAAACUUGAGAAGCAAUGAAACAGUAGGACGUUAGUCACACUGUAGAGGUGACUUGUGUUGCCAUACCUGUAACUAGUCCAGGUAGUCCACCGGGGGGCAGACAUAACUUCUGUUUGUUUGUUUGUUUUUUACAGUCAGGAUUUCCAGCGUGAACGUGGCAUCUUUCUGCUAAGUCGAGCUGUGUUCAACAUUGCAUGACACCCACUACUUCAGACAGUAUAAAUUAUACAGUACUAUAGUGUUACAGCCAAGAUACAGCAAGACCAAACAAUGUAUUACAAGCCAAAACGGGAAAAAAGGAAAAAGUAUUUUUGGGAUUAAACUCUUUGUAAUUGAA